GGUAAGGUCUACACCUGUUGUAGUCGGCGCAUGUGACAAAUAAAGUUUGAUUUGAUUUAUUGCGGGUGUAGCGAGUAUGGUGCAGAGACUGGGUAGAAGCUCUCAGUACAAGCAUACACCAGGCAAGGAGGUAAAAUACACACACAACACAAGCCUACUGUAUAUCCUAGGCUUUAGCUCAGCUCAUUCAUUGAUUUGUCAAUAGCUGUCACCAUAAUUAAUAUAUUUUUAUGUGGCUGUAUUGUACACCUUUAUACUCACCCUCUUACACUGACUCUUCAGCCCCCUCUGCUGGCCCCAAGCCAGUGGUGCAGGACCUGAGCAGAAGUGAUGUUGUCCUGCAGUGGGAGCCUGUUCCUCUGGAGCAGAGGCAUGGCUUCAGCUGCAGCUACAGCCUCUACGUUCAGAUUGAAGAGGAAAUCCUGAGGUUGUAGUUGUGCCAGGAGAACGGCUGUAGUACCAGUUGAGUGGUUUGUCUGGACUGUGUAGGAUCCACAUGAUUGUCCAAUGGCUGUAGAGGGCAUCGGUUCAGUGGACACCAUCCUGCUGUGUUCCAUUCCUGCUGUGCUCACCAUCCUGAUACUGCUGACCUGCCUACAGUGGAGACAGAGCCGCUCUGCCCUUCCUCAUCAUGUCCAUUGUGUUCCGGCCCUACCAGAGGGGUGUGUACUGUGACGAUGAGGACAUCAAGUACCCCCUCAAACCUGACACCAUCACCCACGGCUUGCUGGCUGCAGUCACCAUCUCCUGCACUGUCAUCAUUAUAUCAUCAGGAGAGGCUUACCUUGUCUAUAGUAAGAGGAUCCACUCUAACUCCGAGUUCAAUGGGUACGUGGCGGCACUCUACAAGGUGCUGGGUACCUUCCUGUUCGGGGCAGCUGUCAGCCAAUCACUGACGGACCUGGCCAAGUUCACCAUAGGACGCCCUCGGCCCAACUUCAUGGCCGUCUGCAACCCCAAGGUCUGCAAAGGCUACGUGCUGGAGAUCAACUGCACCGGCAAUCCUCGGGACGUCACUGAGUCCAGGUUGUCCUUCUACUCGGGCCACUCAUCCUUUGGGAUGUACUGUAUGCUGUUUCUAGCAUUGUAUGUCCAGGCGAGGCUGAGGGCGAAGUGGGCAAGACUCCUCCGACCCACAAUCCAGUUCUUCCUGGUGGCCUUUGCGGUGUACGUGGGCUACACCCGCGUGUCUGAUUACAAACACCACUGGAGCGAUGUUCUUGUGGGCUUCCUCCAAGGCGCUCUCAUUGCCAUCCUCAACGUGCGCUACGUAUCAGACUUCUUCAAGCAGCGUCCUCCCCGCUGCUCCAGCCCAGAGACGGCUGAGAGCGAGGAACUGGAGCACAAACCCAGCCUGCAGAUGGCAGGUGCAGAGCACAACAAUCAUUACAGCUACCCAGGGCCUGUGUGAGAGGGGCCAACCCAGGGGCCCCCAGACUAUGUCAACCACUCUCACCACAAACUCCCACAAACCACUGGGCUGACUGAGGGGGCAGCACACAAUGCCAGAACCCUCUAUGGCCUGGGUGCACCAGCCCUCUUCCGAAGACAUGACUCCCUCUCCCCAUGAAUGGGAGAGGACUUUUUUUUAUCAUGAAUGUUUAUCAUGGUUGAUGUUCACAAAAAAUUUUGUAUAUGUUUUUUUGAAACUUUCUUUUACACAAUAGAUUAGGAGAGAGUACCAAACAUUCAGAUUACAAAGAAAGAAAGAGACCGUUCUCGGAGAUGUCUAGAUUAGUCCCAUUUUCGUGCACCUUCGUCGUAUGAGUAAUCUGAAUUUCAGUGGGAGUUUUGGAUUGAUAUGUUGAAUGUUUCACUUAUGUGAAAUGGACUGCAGAGAAUUAGAAAUGUUGAUGUUGAUUGUGUAAGCUUUCCUUGGAUGUUCAAGAGUGAUAUACCACUAGAUCACAAACAAUCACUGCAAACGUUUGGCAUAAAGAUUUUAGAAUUUGGAAAUGAGAAAUUCAGCUUUUAGCUAUGGACAUUCUGGCCUCUCUAUAUUUUUAUAUAUAAUUUAUAAAGAAAUCACUGAUUUAACCGUAACAUUGCUCCAUUGAUAAGAAUUGAAGGUAUUAGGAAGGGCCUUUUAAUUUAUUUUCUAUUAUAAACUGGGUGGUUCGAGCCCUGAAUGCUGAUUGGCUGAAAGCCGUGGUAUACCACGGGUAUGAC